CUUUUCUCUCCAUUUAUCCACCAGGAAGCCAGCUCUAGCAACAUUGGCAGAAUUCUCAGCGAAAGCCAAGAACCAGCAUGAUUCUACGGUGGUCUACAGGCGAGAGCGCAGUACGCUACCAAAAACGAGGCGGUUCGGGUUACGGUAUCACUACCACAGCUUCCUCGCCAACUUCUUACGGUGCAGGUCCCCCAUCUAGCACGUACAGUCGCUGGCAUGGCAAGGGCAGUCAGCCUGAAAUCGCUGGGUCCACAGGAGGUUUCAUCGGUCUGAUAUCGGUAAGGCCACAAGCGCGGUUGUCGAGCCACAGAUCUGACUUUUUGUCACAGGGCGUUGCCGCUUUUGUCAUUAUUGCGACCCUGGCAGGACUCUAUCUCCGCAACCGCUACAAAAAACGUCUUCCCAAGCAAGCUUUCCACCCCGCCCCUCGAACCAAACCCACUCUCCCAUCCCUCUCCAUAUCCCGUCCUUCCAGCGACCCAUACGCCGUCGGCCCUUCCGCCUCGCAGAUGAACGACACCCCCACAGCUACAUCUGGAUCUUCCUUUGCUCGACCUAUGUACAGUCGACACAAAAGCUCCGAGUGGGAUCUGCCGCUGGAUUCGGCAGCUUCGAGUGGAAGAGGAACGCCGAGGAAAGAGGGUUAUGGCGAUUUGGGCGUGGACAUGCCGGAAGAGCCUGGGGAGGCUGCUUGGCCGCUUAGGAGUGUUCAGCGAAGACCUAGCUUCUCGCCGCACAAAGGCAGCUUUUCGAGUGCGGGUUCGGGGGAUGACUAUGAGGGCAAGGGCAAGGGCAAGCUCUACGACCCUCCGCCUGCAGCCGGAAGCUUUCAUAAUCCGUUUGACUCGCCUUUCGAUGAAGCCUCCCCUGCUCACCCGAAAGUGGUGGAGGAUGAUACGAGUACGCUCGGGGGACGGUCGCCUUUGUUGAGACCCGAGUCAGCGGGAGAGUCUGGGGAGGAACUGGAGCUUGAAAAACGGACGCCGAGGAUCAGAGAUCAGGAGUCUGGGCGGCUGGAACCGUCAGAGCAGACGAGGCUGUAGACUGGCAGGCUGUGAUCACUAUAGGGCUGUAUUGGCAUGUAUCAUAUGUCACUGACAUGAAGCGAUCAGUCCCCCUCCGUCC